UUUCAGUUUCAUGUGCUGACUGUUGAAGUAUCUUGGUGAUUUUAAUCAAUGAUCGAUUCGAACAGCGGUGAAUAUGUCGAAUAAUACCGAAGAACCUCGAGCUGAAGACUCUCCAGCUGUCACUGCACAGCCGAUUGUGCCUGUUGAUCUCCUUCCUGCUGAACCUGAGCCUGAGGCGCCCUCAGAAGUCGAAAGAGAGGCUUCCGAAGUGGCACCGUCACAGGAAGAGUAUGAACCACAACAUGAUAAUGAAGCUCCUCCCGUCGUGGAAACUGCUUUGCCAGCUGCGGAAGUCACUUCACCUGUAAAAAGAAUUGUCAUCGCUGAUUCUGACGAUGACGUCACAGAUGAGGAGGAUGCUAGCGGACGGGAAGCGUUCAUAGAUGAUCGCAUCAAGGAACACGACUAUGCGUCGUUCAGUGUACCCCGUCAUCUCGAAAAAGUUAUCGACUCAAAAGAGACAUUCCCUGAAAUACCAGGACUAUCAGAACUCGGCUACUCUCCCGAACAUCAAGGAUUGACUUUGGAAACUCACGUUAAUCGGAUUCCUGCCUCUUCUUCGUCGCAAAUGACAUUUGAGAGAGAACCAAACAUAAUCAACAGGUCAGCGGGGACAACUCGCGAUGCAGCUGUAUAUCGCACGUCUGACGGUCCAGCCGGCUAUCUUGCGCGCCCCAUUCGUGCAAACAUGCAGGCGUCGAGUGCAUACCGUGAUCGAAAUGUAGCUCAUCCACAGCAGCAACAUCUUUUGGUUGGGUAUGGAGCAGGAGCGCCUGUGGCUCGAAGAGUCAUGACAAGUUCAACUAUAGCAAGCCCCUCAAUCAUCCAACAGAAACGCGCGCCUCCACGGAUCGUAUCUUCGUCAGCGGGGCACGUUCGACCUGCUGGGAGUCGGCUCAGUGGUACCCCUCAUUUAUUGAUGCAGCAACAUGGACAGCGUCAGAUAGCGUCUGUGACGUCAGCACCUCCCAUGCAGCGGCAGGUCGAUCCGCCUCCGCAUCGUUCUUUCCACCAAGGAUCUGAUCCUCCUCCUCAUCGGGUGCUCCUUCUACAACCCGGUGGAACUCCUCGUGUUGCCUUUUCUCCUUCUGAUCCUAGUCAAGCGGCUUUAGCGAAUGCGCCUGCACCGCUCAUUGUACCAGGUCGUGGUACGAGACCAAUCGUUCGUGGAAGAGCCGGAAGCGCGGCCGGACGUGCCAAAAAAGAAAGUACGAGUGGAGUAUCUGGAGAAGAGACCUCUCCAGUACAAUCGCCACAGCCAUUGUCCCGCCUACCUCUCAGUAAUCCUGUCAUCGGAGGUCGUGCAGCUCCUCCGUCUCCAAGGAAGCAGGUCCACUUUUCCGAUGGAGUGGUGGUUGGUCCCCGUCCAAUCGAAGCAACCUCACCUUUCCCUGCUGCACAAUCAGUACAGGCUACCUCGUUCCCUGUUCAGCCGGACAUUGGUGCUACUCCACAAUCCAGUGCACCGCGAUCACCUCCAAAACUGACUUCCCCUCGACUGCGCUCUGCUAGUGUCUCAAAUACACCUCAUGCUGGAGUGGCAAAUACAGCUGAAGUCACUCCUCCAAUGCGAAAUGUGCAAACUACCGCGGUUGAAACGCCACCAUUACCUGAAAACUUUGUGGAAGAUGCGGUUUCUGGCCAACACACUGCUCCCGAGACUACAACGAGUAAACAGUCCACUUCAACUUUGCCUCCAGAAGUAAUGGCUGCUGCAACGUCGCUGUCGGCUCAAGUGGAUGUUGCGCAUCCGCAGUGGACUAACAACGACAUUUCUGAAGAAGAUAUCAAAGCGAAAAUUGAGGCCAUCAGUCGCGAAAUUGCUCAGGAGUUGGAGCAGAAGCGGAUGGAGACCGAAGCUCAAGCGAAAGAGCGGAAACGAGCUGAGGCUGCUCCUCCAACGCGUCGUCGGUCAACAAACGAUACUGUUUUCAGCGGAGGCGAAGAAUAUGAACCAGGCGCGUCUGCCUCCAUUCCAAGAGGAAGAGGGAGACCCAAGGGAUCGGGAAGGACGCGGUCAUCUUUGAGUAGCAGUAGCAGUACUAGCUUUGCCGGAACAAAUACACCAUCACAACAUGAUAUCUCCGACAAUUCGGUCAUUCCAGCGAGAGGGCCCGACUUCCAGGCUACCCGAGCUUCUGUCCGUACUGCUAAUCGUGUCGGCACUGUCCCCGUUACUGGUUACGAUGGUGCGAUGGCUCCAGAAUUACCUCCUCCUCUGCCUCCCAUCUCUGGAUCACAGAAUUUGCGUAGUGCUUAUCAAAGCGGGACACUUUCAUCACCUCCCCAUCCAACAUCGCCACGCAUACCUAUCUCAUCUCCACAUACGUCUUACUAUCAGCAAAAAGAUGCCAACGGCGUCUCACCUGACGAAGAUCUCGCGAAUGUGAGCACUGAUCCAAGCAGUGAUGAGGAAGAAGUGGCUGAGGAGGCCGAAUGGGGAGAUUAUGUUACACGAUGUUUGUGCGAAAUGCAGCACAAUGAUGAAUGGAUGGUGGAAUGCGAGAAGUGCAACGUUUGGCAACAUAUGAAGUGUAUGGGACUUGAUCCGAAGAAAUUUGACCAGAACGAAACUUAUCUCUGCGAAUAUUGUAAACCUCGCCCGCUUAAGUUCACCAAGAAACAGGCACAAGAGAUACAGCUGAAGCAGUUGAAGGCGGUAGCACGUGAGAAGGAGCGCAAAAUGGCAGAAAAACUGAAAAGAAGAGAAGAGCGCAAGCGAGCCAAACUCAGUCGACGCCUUAAAGAGCGAAAUCAUACAAAAGCACCGGUGAAACGAGGUCCAGCAGCCUACAAAAAAUUCCAAGUCAUACGUCGUAACGAAUACACCAAGCGAGCGAAGCAGAUGCUGGCGCUGUUUGAUACAACAGCAGGUGCUCAGAGUAUCUUGGAAAAUUCGCGGGAUUUGAGACGCGGAAAACGAAUGUUUGUCGCACCGGAUGUCGAAGGUCUUGUUGCCACCGAGUUUAUAAAGCAAGAUGAUGUGAUUAUGGAAUAUGUUGGUCACGUCUGCCUUCCUGAUGAAUGUCCUGGAAGAUUGCAGCGCGGCGCAUUGCAACCGUAUUGUGUGUUGUAUAAUGGACUGGGGCAAAAUCUGCUGUGUAUCGAUGCGCGACGUCAGGGAAGCGAUGCAAGAUUCGCUCGCAGAUGCUGCCGUUCAAACUCAACCUUAAAACAUAUUCUUCUCAAUGGAAACAUCUACGUAAUGCUUGUUGCAUCCGAAAAAAUUGAAAAAGGAACAGAAGUCACUAUUCCCUUCGACUGUGAUUUCCGCGACACUGUCGUACCAGUGGAUUGCGCAUGUGGCGAAGAUCCUAACUGUUAUAUGAAGCAGUUCAAUAACUCCCUUCGAGCCAAAAAUUCCGUUGAGGAACAUCCCAAUCAUGAUGUCCAACAAGAGGAACAGCAGUCUAACGGUAUGGGCAGUACUCGCAAAGUGGUUAUGUCUACACCUAAAAUGAAGAGUGAAAGCCGUGGUCGACCAAAGGGAAGCGGAAAGAAAGAAAAAGCGGCUGAUGAAACACCAAAGAAAAAAGGUGCUCCUGGCCGAAAGCCCAAGAAAGUUGGGAUACGUCUUCGACGUCAUUCGGAGAGCAAAAACGCUAAGUCUCCAGAAUCUCCUAAAGAACAGAGUGCAGUCAGCGAAGCAUCGGAUGUGAAGGAGGAGUCAGCAGACGCACAGAAGAAUGAACAGACAUCAGCUACUCCUGAUGUCAAUGCUGAUGCCAACGUAUCUGUUGAGAAGAAUAAAGAUGCAGAAGUGAAGGAGGAGUCUGCAGCAACACCAAGAAAGCAGGAUAAAAAGUCGACUGAAACCGAGAAUAAAGCAGAAGCUACUUCGCCAAAGAAGGAGGAUCAGCCAACAUCUGGGAAGAAAAGAAGUAGCACGGGAACUAGACCGAAAAGAGAGGCGCUUGAACUAGGGAAAGAGGUCAUGGAUUACACACUCCCUGAAGACCGAAAUAAGCCUAGCCGCGAGGAACGUAAACUGCAGGCAGCUCUGGCAGCUUUUGAAAAGAAGGAAGAAAAAGAGAAGAGAAAGGCCGAAGCUCACAAAGAAAAGGAAGUGGCUGACGCAAAAGAGAAACGAGCUUCUGGUCGACAAACUCGCGGCAGCAUGGGAAGUUCGGGCAAACGUGGACGGAGAGGUUCUGAAAGAAGCUUGGAGAGUUCUGCGAAGGAAAAAGAGAAGAAACCUGAGCCUGUGGUCGAGACAGUUACUCCUAGGGAAAGCCCUCGUGGAAAAAAGAAAAGGGAGGAAUUCAAAGAAAAUGAAGUUGUCGAAGCUACCGCUAUGGUGCAGCCACCACGGAAACGGUGGGCAGCUGCGGUCAAAGAAAAUGAAGCUGCACAGCGAGCUUCUUCACCGGAAGUUACCUCUUCAUCGUCUACUACACCAAUGGCUGCUGUCGAUGUAGCAGCGGCCGAUUCUGUCAGUCCUAGUCCUGGCAGUGUUGGCGGGAAGAAGCUUUGGCUAAGGCGACAUGCUGCCGAGUCGAUCAGCGAAGAAAACUUGCAAACUGUCGAAACUGCCUCAACUCCUGAACAACCUCUCUCUUGUGCCGCAGAUUCUACAAGUGAUAUUGCUGCUGCACCUCCUAGAGUGCAAAUGAGCCCUCCACUGAAAAAGCGGCGGCAUAUGCUCGAAGCGUGCCAGUCUGACGAACAUGUCGCAGCUGCAGCAUUGGCUCAGAUGGGCUCGAAAGCGGAAGGAUUCCGCUUCCACUGGAACAUGGCCCUCCGGUCAUCUGUACCAUCGUGGACAGAAUCAUCGAAUGUGGAUUUUGAACUGGCUGGAUCUGUUCAAAAGCCUCUGCCUCCUCCAACUUCGCGUAAUAGCGUGACGACAGAUACAGUGCCUGUGGAAACUACCGCAACUACAUCCGCUGCAUCAACGUCAACGACGGCUUCCCCUGCUGAAGUGAAAAAGGCAAAGCGGCUAAGUCUUGAAGACUACAAGAGGCGACGUAGCAAUAUGGCAUCUGAAAGCGGUGUCACUCCAUCAGCUGCUCCCGCCACCAAUGCUGCGCCUUCUGCAGAAGUUUGGACUCGUACUUCAGAAACCACAACCACCACCACUAGAAUAACUCGAUCCUUCAUGCCACCUAUGGAUGCCCCAUUGGAACAAAGUUCUGUUUUGCGGCCCAUAGGCGCCGAUAUCCCAAUACCUGCCCUUGGAGUUCCUCCUGACUUAGAAGUGGUGAAGAAGAUGAUUCUUGAAGAGGCAUGUCUCCCUCCGCCACCUGCACCUCCCCCAUUGCCCACACCUACAGAUCCAUCAGUCACUCCAUUUGCAUCGACAAGUGACAUGUCCGUGGCUUCCAGCUCGGAGUCGGGAGAGGAACGGAUGUCAUUAGCCGAUCGGCUUGCAAAGGAAUUUGGCGUUGGUACUGCGGGAUCUUCCCGGUCUCCGAAGUCUCUCUUCUCAUCAGGAGGUGGCCAGAGAGUACCGAACGCCAGAGAUGUGCCACCUCCUCCUCCGCCUGGUCCGCGCCCAACUCGAAACACUCGAUGGUGAUCUACCGGUGAUCUCUUGCUUCUUUCUAUCCAAAUCUCUUGUGCUUCGGCAUGGAACUGGAUUUCCCUCCAAGCCAUCUACCUCGCCUUCCCACUUCUCCGCGAAUCCCGGUCCCUCUGUCGACUUCGCUUUGGGUGCGCGCUUCCAUUCGUUUUUUUCCCAUAUUUACACUCAAUAUUGAUAGCAUCAUAUGCUGAAGUUAUGUCUAUUUUCCAAAUAUUCGUCAGAUAUGGUGCAUACUUUUUGUGUAGUGUGCAUGAUUAUCCAUAUAUCUACUUUCGUUUAUGUUUAGUUUAGUCCAGAUUAGUUAUACCACCCGUUAGAUGUACAUAUUGCAUUGAUCCUCUCGAAACCAAUGCUGUAUAAAAUCAUAUUGUUCUCAAUUCCCACUCUCAAGUGACGUUUCCGAGUUCCUUUUUCUACAUGGCAAAGUGAUACUCCUAUGCAUUAAUCAUCAUUGGAAUAUGUUUGUAGUAUUGCAUUUCAAAUUGUCACUUUUGAUAGAGAGCUCGCAUUUGCCUCGUGGAACGAGGUCCCUUUCAAGCAUGUACGACACUAGUUUGUUCUCCGACUACACGCAUUGAUAUGUGUCUUAAAAACUUACAGUUGCAAUGCCGACAUCUAAUAAAGUGAACAAAUUCUACA